AUGUCCAUGCUUCGCAACGCAUUUGCAUCCCCCGCCGUCCGCGGCACCGCCUACGCGACCUCGCGUGCAUUCCAUGCCUCGCCCAUAGCAGGCAAGUCAGCGACGGAGAGGGUGAACAAGUCCGUCGGACAGGGUCUUGCAUCAGCCAUUGAGAAGGGGGAAGAGGCAACGGAGGCGACCAAGAAGACAAUUGGUAAGGGUUCAUUCCGCUCAUGGCCUCUAAAUUGGGAACCGACGCGACACCACACAGCCCCUGCAGUAGACAAGGCGAAAGAGGCUUCUGGGCAAGCAAAGCAGAAGGCCAAUCAAACCUCUGCUGGCGUGCAAGAAGGCGCACAAGACUUCAAGCAAGACGUCCAAAAGGAAACCCGCAAGUGA